GUGAACAUGUUUGUGGAAGGAUUCCAUGAUGCUAUUCUUCUUUAUGCUCUAGCUUUGCAGGAAGUCCUGAAGUAUGGUUUCAGUAAGAAAGACGGGGAAAAAAUUGUUCAGCAAACACGGAACAGAACAUACGAAGGCAUUGCAGGGCAGGUGUCCAUUGAUGCCAAUGGAGACAGAUAUGGGGAUUUCUCUGUGAUUGCAAUGACGGACCCAGAGACAGGCACACAGGAGGUGAUUGGGGAUUACUAUGGAAAGCAGGGACGUUUUGAAAUUCGAUCAAAUGUGAAAUAUCCUUGGAGUCACGGCAAGCUGAGGUUAGAUGAAAGCCGUGUCUCAGAGCACACGAACAACACGCCAUGUAAAUCAUGUGGUCUCGGAGAAUCUGCGGUUACAGGAAUAGUUGUGGGCGCUUUGCUCGGAGCAGGAUUGCUAAUGGCUUUUUACUUUUUCAGAAAGAAAUACAGAAUAACUAUUGAAAGACGAACUCGACAGGAGGACUGUAAUAUGGGGAAACAUCGGCAGUUGCGUGAAGACUCCAUUAGAUCUCAUUUUUCUGCUGCCUAAAGGAGAAGAAAAAUAAUCCCAUUCCUCCUGGAAAAGAGAAAUUAGGGAAAUGGACACAACCAAAGACAUCAGCGUAUAAAGAAGAGGCUUUCAAAGAACUCACUCUUUUAAGCAGUAAUUUUAUCUUAAUUUCUUUCAGAAGCUCAGGAAUAAUUUACUAAUCACAUUAUGCCACAUGGCCUUUCAUCUCAUGAAAAAAAAGAAAAUGCCACAGUUUGAUCUUAUAAAAUGUACUUAAUAUGUAAAGGCAAUAUUUC